AUGUUCAAAAUAAUACAUCGAAAAGUAAUUCUACUACUACUACUAAUAAAUUUAAUUUAUAAUAUUUCAUUCGUUAAUGGAGAUUCCUUAUUUCAGAAUGUUACUCAACCUAGUCUAAAAUAUGAUUUAUUUGGUAAUAGAAUUGGAUAUUUUGGAUCUUUUAGUUCAAGUAGUUUUUAUAAAUAUAUUGGAAGUUCUGACUUUUUAAGUAUAAAUUCACAAGAAGAAGAAGAAGAAGAUGGAGAUCAAAAUUCAAAUAACAAAAGAGACGAUAAUAAUAAUUCAAAUACCACAAAUGAUAAUAACUUAUUCUUACAAGAUAAAAACAAUAAUUUUGUUUUAAAAUUUGCAAAUCUUAAUGGACCAAUUGAACAAUUAUAUAAGAUUUCAGAUGAUUCAAUAAUUUUAAAUGGUAAUUUUACUGAAUUUAAUUCACAAUCAGUUAAAAGUCCAUUUAUUUAUAAUAUAACAUCUAAUUCAACAACAAAUAUAAUACCUAAUAAUGGAUUUAAUGGAACUGUUAAAACUAUUUUCAUAGAUAAAGAACUUAUAUAUUUAGGAGGUGAUUUCACAUACAAUAAUACAAAUGGAGUAGCAAUAUACAAUCAAACAUCAAAAUCAUUAAAUUCAACACUAUUUCAAGGUUUUGGAAAUCAAUCAAUAAUAAAUAGUAUAAUUAAAAUAGGAGGUGAUGAUGAUACAAAUGAUGGAUCAAUUAUAUUUGGUGGAUCAUUUAAUACACUCGGUUUACACGAUUUACUUGUGCAUAAUAUUACAACAAAUUCAACUUCAAAUCAUAAUCAAACUAAUUCUACCAUAGUUAAUGCAGAACAAGUAAUAUCUUUAAGACAUGGAACUUUUACAUCAGUUAAUGCACAAGAUGAAAAUGAAAAUUCUAAGAUUAUUUGUCCAUCUGAUAACCACAUAUGGGAUGCUAAUCCUAAUUCCGGAGCUGAAUGGAAAGUUGAAUUAGCUGAUGAAAUGAAAGGAAUAAUACCAACAAAAGCUCGUAUAUAUUUACCAGAUAGUGAUAAGGGUAUUAAAUUAUUUAGAAUAUAUUCUUAUCCAAAUAAUGGUAUUAUGAAUUUAACAUAUAUUGAUCCUUCAACUAAUGAAUUAGCUUAUUGUGAUGCUUGGUGUCCAUUAUUAAGUUUUGAUGAUUUGAAUGAUUUUGUUGAUAAUAAUAAAGAAAAUGCAACUGAUUUAAAUCAAGAUGAUGUUUUUGUUGAUGAAGACGAUGGAACAUUUUUUAAAUAUUAUGAUCCAUCAACAAAAACAAAAAAUUUAGGAUAUGGAUCAAAUUUUCAAGAAUUUGCUUUUAUAAAUCAAAUAGGUUUUGAUCAAUUAGGAUUAACAAUAUUGGAUUGGUAUGGUAAUCAAGCUUCUUUUAGUGGAUUUGAAUUAUAUCAAAAUUCAAUUACAACUUAUGGAAAUAAUACUUUGAAUGAACCAAAUUGUGAUAAAGAUUUUAAUCAAGAUAAUAAUAAUUAUGCUGAAAUAGUGUCGGGAAAUUUUCAAUCUAUACGAACUAUAAAUGAACAACUUUCAGGGAAUGACUAUUUAGUCACUAGAGAUACGGAUGCUAAAAUUAUCUUUUAUCCAAAUAUAACUUAUUCUGGAAAUUACUCCAUCAUAAUGACAACCCCAGGUUGUUCAAUAGAUAAUUCUUGUCAACAAAGAGCAAUAGUUAAUGUAACAGUAAUUGAUAUUGAAAAUAAUCAAUUAUCAACUAAAUUAAUUUAUCAAAAUAAUGAAAAUAUGAAAUUUGAUUAUUUAUUUUAUGGUCAUUUAAAUAGUUCUGAAAGUGAAAAUAAUAGAUUUGAAGUUUCAUUUCAUGAUACUAUAAACCCAGAUGAAUCAAAUCCAAUAAUGGUUGUUGAUAAAAUUACUGCUAAUAUUGUUUCAUUAGAUCUGUAUUAUGAUAGAAAUAAUACAAACAGUACCACAAAUAAGAAUUCAUCAGAAUUAGUUCAUAUUAAAUUAAAUGGUUUAUUUGAAUAUUCAUUAGCUAAUUUUACUAAUUUUGAUGAAAAUUUAGUUCAUUAUAAAGAAGGUAAUAAAACUUUAAUAAACACAAAUAAUACAUAUAUUGGAAAUUCAUCAAUUAAUUUAUUAAGUGGAAGAUUAUCAAAUGAAUCUGAAAUUCAAUCAAUUAAUUUAUUUGAUGAUACUUUAACAUUAUUAGGACAAUUUGAAUCUAAUAGUAAUAAUUUAACAUUAACAAAUAAUAAUUUGUUAACUCUUAAUAUUUCAUCAUAUAAUUCAACUUUAAAUGAAACAUCUAUAAAUUUACCAACAACUUUAAAGAAAAGAGAAGAUCAAACUAUACAUGGUGUAACAUUUAAUAAUUCAAUAUCGAAGACUAUCACUUUUCAAAAUCAAUUAUUGGUAUUAGGUAAAUUUUCAGUACUGAAUGGAUCAUUAAAAGAUCUUUCUAAUGAUAAUGAUACUACAUCUCAAGCUAAUAAUUUUGCAUUAUACUCAAAGAAUCAAUGGUUUAGUUUUGGAAAUGAUUAUGAAGAUGUUGAAUUUGAUCAAUUUGCUAAUCCAACAAUAGAUGAUAUUGAAUAUUUUAUUUUCUCGUCAUCAUCUGGUUCAAAUUUUAAAACAUGGGAUAAUACAAAUUUUAAAUGGAGUUCGAAAUCAUAUAAUUUAACUCAAGCAUUAUCAUUAAAUUCUAAUCAACAAAUUUUGGGAGGAAAUAAUUUUAAUAUAAUGGAUUUUAAUAGUAUUAAUCAAGCAUUUAUUUCAAAUUCUGAAUUUAAUGAAUUUGGAUUUAAUGUUACUGAAGAUUCUAAUAGUUUUAUAUCAAAUUCAUUUUAUGUAAAUGAUUCAAUUAGUAUUAUUGGAGGUAAAUUUACUUCUGGAAAUGUUAAAAAUGUUGGAAUUAUAAAUAAUAGGAAUCCGUCAAACUCAAUUAAAGCAUUAGAAGAUAAUGAUAUUAAUUGGAAUGAUGAUUCAGAAAUUGAAGCAAUUUAUGUUGAUAAUAAUGCUGAAUAUUUAUUUAUGGGAAUUCAUGGAUCUAUAACAAUAAAUAAUGAUAAUUUAACAGGUAUAAUAAUAUAUGAUUUAUUUAAUAAUACAUUUACAUCAUUUCAACCACCUGCUUUAUCAAAUAGUAAUGGUAAUGCCAUCCAUAUUAAUUCAAUUGUUUUAUUUGAUGAAGAUAAUAAAUUAUUAGUUGGUGGAGAUUUUGAUACUGCUGGUUCUUUAAAUUGUCCAUCAUUAUGUGUUUAUGAUAUUUCAAAUACAAGAUGGAUAAAUCCUCAAAAUGAUGCAGAAACAACUCAAAGUAUUAGUGGUAUUAUAACAGAUAUGAAAUUUUAUACAUCAAAUAAUGUAUUAAUUACUGGUGAAAAAUUAUUAUUAAAUAAUAAUAAAGUUAAUUUUAUAACUUAUAAUUUUAAUAAUGGAGAAUUUGAUACUUCAAAUUCAUUAAAUUCAUUAAAUAAAGAUGUUAAAAAAUUUAUUAUAAAUGAUAGAUCAUCAAGUUCAAAAUUAGAUGAUAGAAUGAUUGCAAUUGGUGAUGAAUUUAUAUUUGGAUUUGAUGGUAAUAAUUGGUAUAAUAUUGAUCAAGAUUUGAAUAUUGAUAAUACUACUAUAUUUAAUGAUUUAAAAUUAUUAACUACUGAAAAAUCAACAUCUUAUAAUGAAAGUUUAUUUGAUAAUAACAAGAUAUUAUUAGUUGCUGGUAUAUUAAAUAUCAGAGAUUAUGGUUUAGUCAAUAUGGCAUUAUAUAAUGGUACAUCAUGGAUUCCCUAUGUUUAUACACUAGAACAAAAUUCCACAUCAUCAUCAUCAGCAAAUAUAGGAGAUAUAAAAUCAAUUUUAAUAAAUGAUCAAAAUAGAUUUUUAUCAUCAAAUGAUUUAAAAAAUAUAAAUAAAAAUUUAUCAAAGGGAAAAGUUGUUGGAAUUUCAUUAGCUUGUGCAUUAGGUUCAACAACAUUAUUUGGUUUAUUAUAUAUAAUUCCUUAUUUUGCAUUAUUAAAAAAUAGAAAAGGUUAUGUUCAAAGAAUUCAUGAACAAGAUAUGAUGGAUGUUGUUAAUCCUGAAGAUUUAUUACAUGAAAUUGAUUUACAAAGAGAAAAAUAA